AUGGAUUCCAACAUACCGGGGUCUUUUCUGUUCAACAACAGCCUGAACCAGUUCUCCUCGGACUUAAAGGCACCUGUGUGUCAGUACUCAGUGCCCAACUCCUACUACAAGCUAAACCCAGGCCUGAACAGCCAGCUGCAGGCAGCAGGCACACCCCACGGCAUCAGUGACAUCCUCAGCCGUUCCAUGAUGGGUGCUACCGGCACUACCACCCUGCUCUCUGGAUACCCUACCAUGGGGGGCUUUGGCACCGUGGCCACCCCGGGGGUCUACUACAACCGUGCAGACUAUAACCCCUCACUGGGCGGCUUCACCAAGCCUGGCGCUGAGUGCCCCGUGAAGGGUCGCAGUGGCAGCUGCUGGGUAGAGAGUGGGUACGAGUGGAGAGGAGGGAGGCAGCAGUGCAAUAACAGUGAUGGGCAUCUAGAGGAUAUUUCAGGCAGGAAGAAGCACACCAGACCUACAUUCAGUGGACAUCAGAUAUUUGCCCUGGAGAAAACCUUUGAGCGGACCAAGUACUUGGCCGGGCCAGAGAGAGCUAGACUGGCCUACUCUCUGGGCAUGACAGAGUCACAAGUCAAGGUGUGGUUCCAGAACCGCCGUACCAAGUGGAGGAAGAAGAGUGCCUCAGAGCCCAGCUCCACCCAGGCGAUGCGGGGUGAGCAGGGGGGGGAGGCCUCGGAGAACGAGGUGGAGGAUGAGGAGUACAACAAGCCUCUGGAUCCCGACUCGGACGACGAGAAGAUACGACUGUUGCUGCGCAAACACCGCCGGGCUUUCUCUGUACUCCGCCUUGGACCACACCACGUCUGA